CAUUUUUAAAUAUUAUGCAUUUUGAUGCUGUAAUCUAGUUUUACGCGGUGACGAAUAUCGGAUAAAUUCGGAUGACAUUUCUUACUUUGCAUUUUGAAAGAUUUUACCACACCCUAAGACACGCCCGCAGAGAGAGAGAGAGAUAAAUACAAGUGAUUAACUUUGUUUGCAGAUAAAUAUAAUUCCUUGCUACUCUGCGGGCACGUUUGGACGAUUUGAACUGUCGGUGAUUAUGUUUGAAUGUGUAUAAACAUCAAGAUAAGCCACAGAAGCAACAUUUUAAAAGGAGGCCUGAGGCUAGCAGCGGCUUACCAAAUCAGGACCUGGGUUCUAGCCUUGCAAAAUGGAUAAAGCCACUCUAUCACAGAGGGACUUCGGAUUGAUAUAAGCAAAGAUCUUUCUGGCAAAGAAAAAGAUGAACACCAGCAACUGUAACCUUACACUUACUGAUGGAGUCCAUCUUUUCCAAAUGGUGUUCUAUAUACCCGUUUUCAUCCUGGGACUUAUAUUCAACAUUUCAGCUUUGGUUAUGUUCUUCUGGAAACAGAAGAAUUGGACUGACACUCUAAUCUACCUAACAAAUCUGUCCAUUUCAGACUGCAUUCUGUUGUUUGCCUUGCCAUUCAAGAUGCAUUCAUACAACACAGAAUGGGAGGCGACCACGCUUUCAUUUUGUCAGUUUUUGGUUUCAAGUUACUACGUCAAUAUGUAUGUGAGCAUCUUGACUGUAACUGUCAUAAGUAUUGUUCGAUAUGUGGCAAUAAAGUUUCCUUUUAAGGCCAAGACUAUCCAGUCCCGCAGAAAAGCUAUUAUCGUCUGCAUUUUGCUGUGGUUGACUGUGUGCUCCUUAAGUGCUGUUUUUCACAUGGUGGACACUCCAGAGAAGAACACCACCCAGAUUAAAUGUUUUCAGAAGAAUACUUCUAAACCCCUUCCUCUGUCUUUCAUUUUGGUUCUGGAGAUUGUUGGCUUUUUUGUGCCUUUUCUCAUCAUUACCUUCUGCUCAGUCCAAAUUAUCUGCACUCUAGCCAAGUACAAUGCUAUGAGCUCUGGAAGAGAACGCAGCAAAAGCAUUCGCAUCAUUACUGCCAAUUUUGUGGUGUUUUUAGUUUGCUUUGCGCCUUUUCAUCUUGGGUUUCUUUUCAAAUUCUUAGUGGAAACUCUAAGACCUAAUAAUUGCCAGCUUCUGCAAGGCUUCCAUACUUUUGUUCACAUUGCAAGCUGCAUUGCCAACGCAAACUGUUGUUUAGAUGUAUUUUGCUAUUACUUUAUUCUUAAGGACUUCCGGAUUACCUCUACAGCUCAAUCACCCUUAAGUGACAAAUUUAACAUGAAGAAAAUUUCCAUCCAAUCUGGAGUGCUGUAGAUUAGAAUGCAAUGCUGCAUAGUUGGGGAUGUCAAGUUUAUAUUUUUCCCCAUACACAAUGGAUUAUCUCCAGGACUAUAUAUUCUUUGAUCAUAUGGAUGUUGUGGUUGUAUAGAAGCUACCUUAUGCCUCCUUCUCAAUGGUGGUGACUUACCGUUUGCCUAUUCCCAUAUGCAAGUGGUGGCUUCAGAAUAACACAAGACCAAGGCUGAGUUGAUGAACAAAUGAAAGCUGAACAUAUUGCAAUCUGGCCCAGGGUGGUCCAACAUUUCCUUCUAAGUAAUACAUUUUAGGUAAAGAACUGAUGGUUGGAUUAGAGUAAUAUAUCUACUGUAGAUUCAGCAUAGGAGAAGAUGACUUAAAACUAGAAGUAUAAACAGUUCUCAUUGAUUAAUAGUUGAUAAAUAUGGACACAUUUAGCAAGAAAAGAAUGGCAACAUCUUACAAUGUGUGAGACUUUUAAAUAAUGAACUGUAAAACUAUAUUUAACUAAUGAGCCUAUCAGAUAAUAAAGGAAAGAAAAUCCUUUACCCAGAAAGCAAGAGUCCAGGUCUAGAUCUACUACAGCUAGAGUAAGCUUGCAUUAGUUUUGAUCCUUGACAACAGUAAAAUAAACCUUUUUUUAACUUAUAAAUUUAAAGAAUCAAUCAGUUGUGUAUAAAACAUUGAAAAACUCAGUGAAAACACUGUAUGGUCAUUUUAGUUGUAGUGUUCAGGACAUUCAACUAUCUUUCAUUUUAUAGCUGCUAAAAUAACCCUUCCAGUAUACCGUCUGGGUGGCGCAGUGGUAGUGCUGCUGCCUCAAAGUAUGGAGACCAGGGUUCAUGUCCUAGAUCCUCCCUGUGUGAUAUUUGCAUGUUGUCCCCAUGUCUGUGUGGGUUUCCUCCCACAGUCUACAGACAUGCAAGUUAGGUAGUUUGGUGAUACUAAUUUGUCCCUAGCAUGUGUAUGUGUUCAUCCUGUGAUGGACUGGCCAGGGUUUGUUCCUGCCUUGUGCGCUAUACUGGCUGGAUUCAGCUCCUGCACCCCCUGUGAUCAUGUUUAGGAUUAGGUGGGUUAGAAAAUGUUGGACUAUGUAUACCUGCUUUACUGUAUUUGCAAUGCUCACUAUAAGGUGUGCAGUGCUACCUCAUAGCUCCAAUGACUUGGGUUCACCUCCCAACACAUUUAUCAUCUGAUCUCUUCAUCAAUCUGCCAUGCGGUUUAUUAGCAACUUGAAACUGGACCAAUAGUAGUGAAUGUGGUGUGCAUGAGUGUGGUGGUUAGUAUUACUGGGAUAAGCUCCAGUUGCUCGUAAUCAUGUAAGAAAUGAAGUAGUUUCUGCAAAUAAAUGAGAGUAUUGUAAGACUGAAAAGAAAUUUAUGAGAGCUUGCACACCCAGUUAAUGACCUAACUACUAUAGGGUACAGCUAUAUAUCCUCAAUUAGCACAGUUUCUUCAUCGCUGGGCACUCAAGCAUACCAGGUGAAUACCGAUAAACAUAACGUUCAUAAGAACAUAAGGAGAAGUUUCACAAAGGAGACCUUGUUAGGAUGGCUGUAAGCUAAAUUGUCUUAAGAUCUCAUUCACAUUCUUUUCAGGUACAAUUGCAUAAAAUCCAAAAGCACAUAUUAUUCUUAUCAUGUCUGCCUGUCCACAUGAAACAACUUGGCUGCCAGAGAGAUAAGUAUGUUUGAAAUUUGAUAUAAUUAUUCUGCUGAAAAAUCUGACAAAGUUUAAGGUUUAAUGAGAUCUCUCAAAUAGGCCCUAGUGUACAAAUGUUUAAAACUUCAAUGCCAUUUUUUUAAUUGACUGUCUUAAAGUACAUAGAUAAAACUUUAGUUGUCCCAAGAGAAGCGUUUGGCUCUUUACAGAUGCUCUUCAAAUAAAUACAUAUACACAUCCUAAAGACUAAAAAGAAAGAAAACUAAAAUGACAGAAAAACUUAUGACUUGGCAGUCACAAUGAGACAUUCUGCAGGAGUAUUGCUGUCAGUAUGAAGGAGACCCCAGUUGCAUUUCUUGACACACUUUUGACACAGGGUGUGUAGCAUUGCUCAUAAUGGCACUCAGUUUUGUUUUAAUUCUGUCCUUUGCUACUCCCUCCUGUGUGUCCAGAGUGCUUCCUAUAAAUGAGCUUGCGCAUUUAAUUAGCUUGUUGAUUCAGUGGGCCUCUCUUGUAGCGAUGUCACCUGCCCAGCACACCACAGUGUACAAAAUUGCACUGGCCACCACAGUGUUGUAGAUGAUAUGAAGGAUUCCACUACCCACAUUAAAGGAAUGUAGUCUCCUAAGGAAAAAUAGCCUGCCCUUUCUUAUGUAAUUCCUUUGUGUUCU